UGAAAAUAGAGACGAAAACAAUUGAACAAGUACAAAAAAAGAGAGGAAUGGCAGAUAUAAAAGGAUCAUCAACUGCUGGUUGCAAUGACAAGUGUGGUUGUCCUUCUCCUUGCCCUGGUGAUGAUACUUGCAGGUGCACAACAUCAGGAGGAGAUAUGGAUCACAAGAUAUGUUCAUGCGGGGAGCAUUGUGGGUGCAACCCGUGCGCUUGUAGCAAGACGGAGGCAACGGGCACAGGCAAGGCUUCCUGCAAGUGUGGGAGCGGCUGCACUUGUUCAACAUGCUCUGCUUGAGGAGAGGAUGGAACACUUCAACAUCAAGAGUCAACUUUUAUGAGAGUCUUGUACUGUACCUUGUAUAUGUGUCCUGUAUUGAGUAUGACAGUUUGUUUGGGUAUCUGAAUAAUAAAACUUCAAUUUGGCAGGUUAUUUCA